AUUGCAUGGCACAUAGAUACAGCCGUAGUGUUCAAUAACUGUUAAAGUGAUGCACAAAAGAGCCAAGUGAGAGAGAGAGGUGACGUGUCUCUAUUGGAGCAUAGUAUAUAUAGUAGCUGGAGGCAUAAUCAGCUGUAACUAAUUUAAAAUAUUUAGUUUUUGGGUGGUGGGGUAGUUGUCGGCUAAGGUAGUUGAACAAGGAUUCCAGAGUUCCUAUCUGAAAAACUCUUUUAGAAAGGGCUUUAAUCUUAAGAUUUGUUUGUCUCCUCAGGUUUUGUUUUGAUUCUUGAGGGGGACUUCACUUCUUCUUGGUUUGAGUUUGUUUUGCUUCGUUUCUCAGGAAGGAUAUUAGUCAUUUCCUCUUCAAUCCAUCCAAGGUCAGUUCAACGAUUCUUGUCUUCAACUUUUGGAUUUUAUGUGUUGUGGAUUCCUUACAUCAACAGGAGAUUCUCUUAUACCCAAUUACAAUUUCUGGAAGAAUAUCGCUUUAGCUACUCAUUUUAUGCAUAUACGAGAAUGCAUAUGGGGCAUUGAUUCGUAGUGUGCAAAUGGGUAAAGUUCUGGCUUUGCACUGGCUCCGUUAGGAAUGAGCAUAUCCAUUUGAAGUGUAGAUUUUAGAGGAUUUUCAUUGAUGCAGCAGAGGCAGUGUUUGCAUUGACCUGAUGCUCAAUUUAGAAAGAAGGGACUUGUAAAUUAGUUUAUUAUAUGUUGUUGGUCUGCAGGUUGUGAGGUUUUGAUUGUAGUGAAUUAUGAAAUAGUAAUGAACAAAUUGUGUAAUAUGUUGCCUCUUUCUUUAUUUCAUUGAGAAUGAUUCUCCCAGAGCCUUAGCUAAAAAGUAAGCUUAAUUCUCUGUUUUCAGAGUAUGACUUUUUUCGUUCCAAUUGAAACAAGUACAGCAUAAUAAGAAAUUAAGAAUCACUUUUAAUAUUCCAAGAGAGAGAAAUUUCAAACAUGUACUGUACACUAAACGCACAUUACCAGCCAACUUCACUACCUUUCUAUUAGCGGUGUGUGAAGUCUCCCUCUAGCAAGUUCUCAAAAUAUUCCGUUUGAUCAUGACAUGACAAUUUUGUGGAAAGUUCUCUAAAUAUUCUCUAAAUACAUGGCAAGUUCCCUAAAUAUUCAUUUUUUUUUGUAUUUUGCAGAAAGAUUCCAAAAAGCAUUCUUUAGUACAGAAACCUUUUCAAAGGAUUUACUGUGACUUUUUCUUCUACUGCAUUUUGAGACUUAUUAUGGACGUUGUAUAUGUUUCAGAGUUUAUGCUGGAGCAUAAUAGGGUCGUAAAGCUGGUGAAAGCAGAAAUGAACUUCCUUAUCAUAUCAGUGAAUGAUAUGUUCAAUCAUUUAAAGGAAAUAGAAAUUUUAGAGUUAUCUUAAUAAAACAGUGACAAUCUGUAAGUCAUGGAGGACAGUGGAAGGUUUGAAGAGAAGUCCUUUUCGAAUGGGGAUGCCUACAGUGGUAAAAUCAAGGGUGUAGUACCCCAUGGCAAAGGAAAGUAUACAUGGUUAGAUGGAACAGUGUAUGAAGGCGACUGGACAGAUGGGAAAAUGAGUGGGAAAGGACUGAUUACAUGGCCAUCAGGAGCAAAGUAUGAGGGUGAAUUCUCUGGGGGUUACCUUCAUGGUCAUGGCACCUUUACAAGAUCUAACGGGUGCACUUAUACAGGAGGCUGGAGGAUGGAUGCUCAUCAUGGGAUUGGACGGAAGGAGUAUUCCAAUUCAGAUAUUUAUGAAGGUUUAUGGAAAGAAGGAAUACGUGAAGGCUGUGGAAGGUAUUCUUGGAAGAAUGGAAAUAUGUAUAUUGGGAACUGGAAAGGUGGGAAAAUUGAGGGAAGAGGGGUUAUGAAGUGGGCUAAUGGUGAUAUUUUUGAUGGUUGCUGGUUAAAUGGGCUUAGACAAGGAUCUGGAGUUUAUAGAUUUGCAGAUGGGGGCCUUUAUAUGGGGACAUGGAGUAAAGGCCUAAAGGAUGGAAAAGGAACAUUCUAUCCUGCUGGUAGUAAACAACCAUCUCUAAAGAAGUGGUGCUCUUUUAACAGUGAUGAUAAUGGUUUGUUAUCAAAUACAGAAAAGCAUAUCACUCCAAAACCAAAAUUUACGCGUAGCCUUUCUGAAAAAAUUCCAGUCAGUAGUAGAUCAAAAAGUUCACAUCUAACAUCUCAUAGAACUUCAUCAUUGAAUGCAAAUUGGAACCUUCAAGAUCCUGCUGGAGAUUGUAUAUGUCGUGACUCACCCACAUUAUUGGAGACCUUUAAUGAAAGUCAAUCUGAGGCAUCUGAUAUGAACUCAUUGGUUUAUGAAAGGGAAUAUAUGCAAGGAGUUCUAAUCAUGGAAAAAAGUAGAAACUGUUCAGAUACAUCACAUAAAAACAAACGACAAAAUAAGUUUAGUGUGAAGCAGGUAAAGAAGAGUUCAUGUAUUGAUAUUUUUGGAGGCCGCCGAAGCUAUUAUCUGAAGCUUAAUUUGCAGCUUGGCAUCAGGUACACUGUUGGAAAAAUUACACCAGUGCCUGCACGUGAAGUUCGGUCAUCUGAUUUUGGAGACCGAGCUAGGAUAAGGAUGUACUUCCCCAAGGAGGGCUCACAGUUGACUCCUCCACACAGUUCUAUAGACUUCUACUGGAAAGAUUACUGCCCUAUGGUCUUCAGGAAUUUGAGAGAAAUGUUCAAAUUAGAUGCUGCUGAGUACAUGAUGUCCAUUUGUGGUGAUUCUGGUCUAAGGGACAUAUCUUCACCGGGAAAAAGUGGCAGCAUCUUCUUUCUUUCUCAAGAUGAUAGAUUUGUGAUAAAGACAUUAAAAAAAAAUGAACUAAAGGUUCUGCUCAACAUGCUUCCUAAAUACUACCAUCAUGUAGGAGAUUAUGAGAAUACGCUUAUUACAAAGUUCUUUGGGCUUCAUCGAAUAACACUAAGAGGUGGGAAAAAGGUGCGCUUCGUAGUGAUGGGGAAUAUGUUCUGCACAGAACUGCAUAUUCACCGACGAUAUGAUCUAAAGGGGUCUACCCAAGGAAGAUAUACAGACGGAGAUAAAAUUAAUAGCAAUACAACAUUGAAAGAUCUUGAUCUAAAAUAUGAAUUUCAUAUGGAUAAAAAAUUACGAGAAUCCCUAUUCAAACAAAUUUCUCUAGACUGCAUGUUCUUGGAGUCUCAGCAUAUAAUUGAUUACAGCCUUCUGUUGGGAUUACAUUUUAGAGCUCCAGAGAAUCUAAAGGCCUUAGUGGAACCUUCCAGUUUAAUGCAGCGUCAAUAUAGCUUACCUUCUGGCAAUGAUGCAGACAAACAAGGGGAGCAGUUGAUUAUUCCUAAAGGCUUGUUAUUAGUUGCCCAUGAACCCAGCUUUGUCAACACUGCACCUGGACCCCACAUUAGAGGAAAUACAUUGAGGGCAUACUCCAUAGGUGACAAGGAAGUUGAUCUUUUACUGCCUGGUACUGCAAGGUUGCGAGUGCAAUUGGGAGUAAACAUGCCAGCUCAAGCUACGCGCAAGCUUCAAGAGGAUAAGGUGGAGGAAUCAGAAGUUGAGCUUUUUGAGGUUUAUGAUGUGGUCCUCUACAUGGGCAUAAUUGAUAUAUUGCAGGAAUACAAUCUGAAAAAGAAACUUGAGCAUGCCUGCAAAUCACUGCAGUAUGACCCUAUGUCUAUAUCAGUUGUGGAACCCAAGACUUAUGCUCAACGUUUCAUCAAUUUCAUGGAGAAAAAAGUUUUCCCGGAAACUCCCUGAAUAUAUAGAAUACUUUUCCCUUUCCUUUUUGAUUUUAUCGUUCUUUGUAAUUAAUUGUUUCAAAGGAAGAGUAUUUUAUUUUAUCAAUUCAUUUCACUUAUAUUCCACAUAAUUCUUUCAG